AUGAGUUUGGUGAAAAAUAAUAAGGUAUUCAUUACACCGACAAAGAAGCUGUUCUAUACAACGUCGCCUUUGAAGAGAAUAUAUGGGCCUGAUGGUCUAACAACGUCGGUAUUGCAACGGCACAAUAUAUCACGUAGGGAAAAGCUGCUAGCCGCAUAUCGCAAUGUUGUGAGACUCGUUAAGUAUAUUCAAAUACAUAACCAUUUCCGGCAAAUAUUGGUUGUUUUGGCAAAAAUUAGAUUGAGACAAGACUAUAAAUAUAGAAGAUCAAUUUUUUUGAACACUCCCUACAACGAGAGUGACUUUGAUGUUCGUUUAGUCAACACUGUCAAUUUCAUACAUAACGCUUCAUUGGAUAAUCCCUAUAAUGAAACUUCACGACCUUCAAGUUUAGAAUUCAAAAUAAUAAAUUCAUUGGUGCAAUUUGAAAACACUAAAGCAUUACCUGGACCAUUGCGUGGAAGGUUGAAAAGUGAAUUUGUAGCGAUCGAAAAAUGGAGGGAAUUAAGAGGAAUUGAAAGAGCUUGGAACAUGAGUAAUGCCGAUGAAAAAACUAAGGACGAGAGGAUGUGGUGGCUUGAGGGGCAGAAAUUAAGAAAUGAUGUAUGUUUUGACUACCUAAAAGAGCUGCAACUAAUCGAGAAGAAAACGUUCCUCGACCAUAUGGUUACCUCGAUGAUUGAGUACGAAAGGGCUAUUGUCUUACUGAAUGAAGAGUGUCACUUAUUUUUAUAG